CUGAAUGAUGUACCAAUGUGUCAUUUAACUCAAUUAGUUAAAAAACAAGAUUAUAAAGAUGAUGUUAGUAUUGAUCAUGUUGUUCGUGCUAUUGAUGAAACCCAUGAAAUCACAAUUAACUUUAUGUAG